AUGCUGGUGAACGGCGUGGACAUCUCCAUGCUGGAGGGCUGGAUGAUCAAGAUCAACAGCAACCCCAGCUUCUUCGGCAAGAACAUGAACCGCCGCUGGUUCAAAGUCGGCUUCGUGCCGGGCCCCGGCUCCGAGAAGAAGCUCGUCAUCUCCUACUCCACCAGCAAAACGGCUAAAGACCCUCGCGGUUGGCUCUACGUCGAAGACGUCAGCGGCAUCUACUGCCGUCGGGUGAGCCUCAACUGCAUCAGAGAGAUGAUUGAGAUCGUGUCUCCGUCACGCACGCUUCGACUGAAAGGGGAGACGGCGGUCGAGCACCGCCUGUGGUCGGACAGCCUCUACAAGCUCUGCAAUCCUCCGCCCAAGUCUGCGACCGCUGUGGUCCAGACCACGCCUGCAGUGGCCGAGCCGAGGCAAGAACGCACUCCCCGUCGAUCCCAGCGAGAGACCAAGCAGGCGGACGAAAAGGAGGCCGAAGACCGAGCGCAACGCAAACAGCGACAGCGAUCGGAUCGCGACCGAGAGCGAGAGCGAGAGCGUGAUCGUCGCCCCGUGGAAGACGACGACCGCGAGCGAGGAAAGACGACUACGACGAUCGCGAUCGUGACUCACGGAAGCGCCGCUCUCCGUCGCCCAAGCAGCGCGCCGAACCAAGACGAGAACAACCCCAGCAAUCGCCCCAGUGAGUACGAGCACAGCGACGACGACAGCAGCGAAGACGACCGAGCCGACAGUCCUCGCCCCUCGACCAACAGCAGCACGCGCAGCUUGCUCGUAGCUCAGAUCAAGUCCGGCUCGUCCUUCGAAGGAGACAUCGGGGCCCAGUGCAAGAACGUCAUCUCCGACAGCGAAGAGGAGGAGGAAGACGACGCCUACCACUACGAGAAGAAGGAGGAAGAUCCGGAAGGGGACGAGAGUCCUCGUGAGCCUGUCACAACCUCCACCAACGCGCUUGACGAAGACACUUCUCGUGACGAACUGGAGCAGAUGAACCCCGAACGAAUUCCAGCGGCCAAACCUCCCAGUAAGCGCGUGACCUCCGACUACUUCGACUCGGACGAGGAGGACAACGAUCAACCAGCCCCACCACCAGCGAAGAACGCGGCCGCCCGUGAUGACCCCAAAGCUCCAGUAUCCAGCGUCGCAGCCGACAACAACUUCGUCCAUGACGACUGGGACGCCGAAGAAGAGGAGCCUACGUCGUCAGCACCCGCGUCCAAGUCUUCAUAUCCGGCUGCUGUAGGGAGCGGAGGUGUUGCUGCAGACGCCAACUUUGUGCACGACGACUGGGACGAUUAG